AUGAAGAAGAGGCGUGUGGGUCGCAGCGGCGGGGGCGGCGCCGCCUCCGGAGGCUUCGGCGGCGGCCUCAAGACGGCCCUGCUGUUCACCGGGGCGCUCUGGGGCCUGCUGUCCGGCGGCGCUGGAGGCGGCGGCGGGAGGCUGGAGUCGGUCGUGGAAGGGUGUGGGGCGGAGGAAACUGCGGCCGCGACUCGCGUUAAUGAAGUUAGCGGCGAGGCGUCGCGCCGUGGCGUCGCGGCGCGGCAAGGGAAGGCGCAGCUGGCGUCGACCGCCUUCCCCGGCGCCGCGACGGCUGCGCCCGCCAAGUGCUCGCAGUCUCGGCUUCCGCGUUACGUCAGCAAGGGGGUCGGCGGCGGCGGUGAGAGUGAGAGUUCCGACGAGAGUGAGAGUUCCGACGAGAGUGAGAGUUCCGACGAGAGUGAGAGUUCCGACGAGAGUGAGAGUUCCGACGAGAGUGAGAGUUCCGACGAGAGUGAGAGUUCCGACGAGAGUGAGAGUUCCGACGAGAGUGAGAGUUCCGACGAGAGUGAGAGUUCCGACGAGAGUGAGAGUUCCGACGAGAGUGAGAGUUCCGACGAGAGUGAGAGUUCCGACGAGAGUGAGAGUUCCGACGAGAGUGAGAGUUCCGACGAGAGUGAGAGUUCCGACGAGAGUGAGAGUUCCGACGAGAGUGAGAGUUCCGACGAGAGUGAGAGUUCCGACGAGAGUGAGAGUUCCGACGAGAGUGAGAGUUCCGACGAGAGUGAGAGUUCCGACGAGAGUGAGAGUUCCGACGAGAGUGAGAGUUCCGACGAGAGUGAGAGUUCCGACGAGAGUGAGAGUUCCGACGAGAGUGAGAGUUCCGACGAGAGUGAGAGUUCCGACGAGAGUGAGAGUUCCGACGAGAGUGAGAGUUCCGACGAGAGUGAGAGUUCCGACGAGAGUGAGAGUUCCGACGAGAGUGAGAGUUCCGACGAGAGUGAGAGUUCCGACGAGAGUGAGAGUUCCGACGAGAGUGAGAGUUCCGACGAGAGUGAGAGUUCCGACGAGAGUGAGAGUUCCGACGAGAGUGAGAGUUUGCAUGUAUGUAUAAUAUAG